UUUACGAAAAUAAAAAUUUAUUAAGCGAAUGUAUUGGUAAAACAAAAAGGUUAUCUAACAAGAAAAAAAAAGAGAAAGAAGGCGAGUAGAGGAUCAAGCUCAUCCAUGGAGUCCUUUUUCUCAACUUUCAAGUUUCUCAUCUUUCAAAUUAAUAGAAAACCCAAAACAUAGGAUGGCCUUGUCCUGUUUUUAUGUCCUGUGCCAAGUUCUGACUUGGAUUGAUUAGAGGAGACACUCGUACCUAAAGAUUUCGCGGCCUUCUUCCUCAUUUCUCCCGUCGGUGACAGCCUAAGAUUAUAGACAGAAUCACACCCACAAAACAGUGUGUUUCACUCAUGGGUGCCUCAGAGUCGAUUCUUUCAAACUCACAGAGGCCAAUCGACGAAAUCACAACUGUAUCGGAGCGAUCAGAAAUCGCUGAUCCCAUCUUACAGCGGCUCAAAUCGCUCAAAAUUUCGACGCCGAUUUUGACUGCUCCUCCGAUUGAGAGUAGCUUGACUGACAUUCUAGUGAGGAAGCCUUCAUCUUCAUCAGCUCCAAGUACUGUUGAUCCAAAGGUGCUACUAGAACUCUUCUCAAUGUACCGUGACUAUCAUGAGCAGAAGGCCCAGGAAAUUAGCAAAAAUCAGGAAGAGAUAGAGAACAAGAUUGAAGUUGCAGAUGCCUUGGCUUUUAAACUUCUGCAACGUCUUAAUUAUUCAGUGUCAGCAAUGAAGACUACUACACAAAAUUUAUCUGAAGUUCAUUCACUGCAGGUGGAGAUUGGGGAGCUUAAAGGAAGGUUGACAGAAGUUAUUAGUAACUGUGACUCCUUAUGCAGAAGAAUUGCAGCAGAAGGACCAGAAUCUCUUAGGUUAUCUGUAAAGCCAUUUGCAGUCCCAGUUGCUGCUAAAGAAGAUAGUUCUGGCCCAUCGUCGUCUAUGCAAAGUGUCGUUCGAAGAAAUCCACCUACAGAACAAACAAUGUCUUGGAAUGAAAGAGAGGAAUGCUUAUGGUGAAAUAUUUUCA